AGCACCUGCUGAGACAGAAUAAUGAACCACUGCAGGAUAUGGCACCAGAUUCUGAGGAGGCAGAUGCAUUGCUGGAGCAAAUAGAAAUACAACAGCCAGUAGAGGCCGAUGAGGGCUUUGAGGAACUUGAGAGUAUUGAGGUUUCACUUGCAGAUUUACUUCUGGACACAUCCAAUGUGAUCUCAGUGCUUCCUGACCACCCUAUAACUCAGCCUGCUCCACCCCUUGCGUCCUCCGCUGAGGUACAAACCACUCACCUGCCGGGGCUCCAGCCUGCGUCCUCCGCUGUGGUACAACUCACUCACCUGCCGGGGCUCCAGCCUGCGUCCUCCGCUGUGGUACAACCCACUCACCUGCCGGGGCUCCAGCCUGCGUCCUCCGCUGUGGUACAACCCACUCAUCUGCCGGGGCUCCAGCCUGCGUUGCCUGCUGUGGUCCAGUCCACUGUUUCGUCAGGGUUACCCGGGCAAACUACAUCUUCAGAGCAAGUUGCCGUGGAUGAACACAGUAGGGCAGGAAUGGAUAGUGUUGAUGUGCUUGCGGAGUACUUGGUGGAGUUACGAAAGGAAAAAGGCCUAACUCUUACCAACCAGCAGGCCAACACCAUUGUGAGUCUUUGGCAUACAUUGGAGCAAAAUGAUAAAGACUGGAUUUUGUAUGCUGCACGACAUCAGGAACGACUGCUCACUGGUCGAUUUAGGUCACCCAAAAAGAAGGCUGUUUAUGCAGGAGUUGAAAGCACAAAAAGGUGUGUACUUGGUUCUUCUGGUUCUGCUGCUCAAUGGCCAGAUUGCAGCCGACUUAUUGAAAUGAUCUUUAUUAGGUUGUGCAACAUUCAUAGUAGCCCCAAAAAAAUUGGACACCAAACUUUUUCUAGGUGGUCACACAGUCUAAAUGAUUACAAAAAAAUUCGACAGCUAAUUUUGAAUGGCAGUAUUAUGGAAGACACAACCGUGCAACUUGUCACUGUAAACCAGACCACCUUAAUACAGUGGCAUAACAAAAGAUUUAAAGCACAAGAUGUUGCCAUUCUGAUGCAAGGGCUGGUACUGCCUCUGGAACGGCCCAUUGCCAGUGAACCACUGCUCCCACUAAAUGCUAGGACCACUCAACUCACGCCACACAAACAUGAACACACUUACAACCUGCCACCUGACACCACUGGCCAGGCAAAAACAAAACUCACUGUCAGAGACAGAGCUGAGCUGAAAACCAUUCAGCCAAAACCCCCUGCAUCUCAGCCAACAGUUUUUUAUAUGCCACUCCACAUGCCAUCAACCACUGCAGCAGGCAACAAUUUGCCACUGCUUCUGCUGCCACCCCCCACUACACCAAACAUCAUAUGCCCACCACAUUCCAAAACAACACCUACAGGCCCUACCCAAACCCAAGAGACAACCCAAAAAAAAAAGCGCAAAUACACAAGGAUAGACACAUCCAACAGAUGCAAUAAAUGCGGUGAACCACGCACCACAGAAACUGGCCAUAGCCAAUACAAAGGCAGGAUUUACUGCCCAAACAGGGAGACACUGACCAAAGAGCAGUGGCUCAGAAGGAUGAGAAAAUAAGGGAGUACAAUUGGGUACUUUUUCAUACUAAUUUUAUUGUGUGUGUGUGUGUGUAUAUGUUAAUUUAUAUAUACGAUGUUCGUGUGUGUGUGUGUGUAUAUAUGUUCAUU